UCUCAUCUCAACAUCCACAAACUCUACAGUGGACAAUUCAACAUCACCACUUCUUUCUUUUCUCUUACUGUCAAGAUGACACAGCAAGAUUUUGACAAUGAUGCGAGGCUUGAGAAGGCUGAGGUUGCUCAUGCUGAGGAUGCUGUUGCUGUGAGGGAUCAUGAGAUGACGACUUGGGAAUGCGCGAAGAAGAACCCAAAGGCCAUUCUUUGGGCUCUUUAUGCAAACCUGGGAGCUACUCUUGUUGGCUACGAGAACCUUGCUCUGGCCGUCUGUCUCGCUCUCCCAGCUUUCCAGAUGAAGUUCGCCAGCCUCGUCGACGGCAACCUCAUCAUCCCAGCAUACUGGCAAUCCCUCUGGAACGCCACCUACAACAUCAUGCAGCUCUUCGGUUCCCUCUCCGCCGGCUUCGUCCAAGACAAACUCGGCCGACGCGCCGUCUUCCUCGCAGGCAUAAUCAUCGUUUCUUGUGGUAUCACUCUGGCUUAUCUGGCUGAAACACCUGCUCAGUUCAUGGGGGCAAAGAUCAUCUCUGGUUUUGCCGUUGGUGCGUUCCAGUCUACCACGCAGACUUAUGUCUCUGAGGUUACGCCGCUGCCUUUGCGUGGUAUUGCGUUGUCUCUCAACAUUCUUAUGAUGAACGUCGGUUUCCUCAUCGCCAUCUCCACAACCUACGCUCGCGUCACGAUCAUGAACGAAUCCGCAUUCCGAGUCGUAUUCGCCGCUGCAUGGGUCUUCCCCGGAAUCCUCGCCCUCGGUCUCCCAUUCCUUCCCGAGUCUCCAUACUAUCUCAUCAUGAAGAACAAGCGCGAUCUUGCUCUGAAGCACCUCGCCAAACUCUGUUCCAAAGAUGAAGAUCUCGAUGCUCGUAUCCGACACAUGGAAGAGACUGUCGAAGCUGAGCGCCUGAUAUCUUCUGAGAAAGCUUCGUUCCUAGAGUGCUUCAAGGGUAGCAAUUGGCGCCGUACAAGGAUUAUUCUGAUCUGCAUGUACAUGCCCCAGAUUGUUGGUUCGAGCUUGUCAUCCAACGCUCCGUACUUUCUCAGCCAGACCGGUUUGAGUAGUGGCUUGAUCAUCAAGAUUAUGCAGAUCGGUCUUGGUGUUUCUAUCCUGUCCUCAUUGGUCAACAUCUACAUGAUGACUCUCUUUCGACAUCGACCAUUGAUGUUCGUCGGCAUGACCAUCUGCGCUCUCAUCUAUCUGAUCAUGGGCGUUGCAGCUGCCUGUCCCCAGUCCGAGAAGACUCUGUUGGCUAUCGGUAUCGUGAUGCAAUUCCUCUCUCUUGCUUACGGUCCAGCCAUUGGUUCCAGUCUCGCUGUGGCUGGUGAAGUGUCUGCUUCCAGGCUGCGAGCCAAAUCUCAAGGUAUCGCUUUCGGAUUCCAGGCCAUCACCAGCACUGUUUGGGUUACUGUGCUGCCGUACAUGUUCAACAAGGAUGAAGGUAAUAUGGGCGGUCAUAUCGGUUGGGUCUUCCUUGGUAUGACACUGUUGAUGAUGCUGGCUGUCUACUUUGAUGUUCCAGGUACUAAGGGCAGGACAUUCCAUGAGCUCGAUAUCAUGUUUGAGAAGAAGAUUCCUGCUCGUCAUUUCGAGCAUUACAAGAGCGAUUGAUAGGACAGGCGGGAUAGGUUAUCCUUGGCAGAGUUUUACUUUCUACGUGCAGUAUAGCAAGACUUCACCAUGAAGCUCAAUUGACUAUAAACACAUUCCACUAUCAA